AUGAAUGCUAUAGGAGGGUAUUACCCUCCCUGGACUUACGCUGGAAGACAUUGUGGCGUCGGUGGAGCACAUACUGGUGGUGGUGGUGGUGGUGGCGCAACAGGACAGCAAGCUGAUGGUGCUCCAAGCCCUCCUAGGAGCCCACCACCACCGAGACAUGCCAUCAGUGGUGACGUUGACAACGAAACAAGAAGCACGUCACUUGAAUACAUUAGACGUCCAAAUAGUGAUGGUCGUGGAUAUUUCUUGUCAUCAGAAAUAAUUCAUGGACUAUGA